AUGGCUCACACAGCUGGUCAGGUCAUCCGUUGCAAAGCCGCGGUGGCGUGGGAGGCAGGGAAGCCGCUGUCGAUAGAGGAGGUCGAGGUGGCUCCGCCCCAGGCUAAGGAAGUCCGUCUGAAGAUCCUCUUCACUGCCCUUUGCCACACGGAUGUCUAUUUCUGGGAGGCCAAGGGCCAAAUGCCGUUAUUUCCACGUAUUUUCGGUCAUGAGGCCGGCGGCAUUGUGGAGAGUGUAGGAAAGGGAGUGACGGACCUUAAACCAGGAGACCAUGUCCUUCCGGUGUUCACCGGGGAAUGCGGGGAAUGCGAGCACUGUAAAACAGAGGAGAGCAACAUGUGUAACCUCCUCAGGAUCAACACCGAGAGGGGCUCCAUGCUCAGCGAUGGCAAAACUAGAUUCUCUAUCAACGGGAAGCCUAUAUACCACUUUGUUGGAACCUCCACUUUCAGUGAGUACACGGUUGUUCAUGCUGGCUGCGUCGCAAAGAUCAACCCCGCUGUGCCUCUUGACAAAGUCUGUGUCCUUAGCUGCGGGGUAUCCACAGGAUUGGGUGCGACACUGAAUGUUGCAAAGCCGAAAAAGGGACAGUCUGUUGCUAUUUUCGGCUUGGGCGCUGUUGGGCUCGCUGCUGCUGAAGGGGCGAGGCUCUCUGGUGCUUCCAGGAUCAUCGGAGUUGAUUUGAACCCGAAUAGAUUCGAAGAAGCAAAGAAUUUCGGCGUUACUGAGUUUGUGAAUCCUAAAGAUCAUAGUAAACCUGUUCAAGAGGUGAUUUCAGAGAUGACCAAUGGAGGAGUAGGCAGGAGUGUUGAAUGUACCGGGAGCAUCCAGGCCAUGAUCUCAGCAUUCGAGUGCGUUCACGAUGGUUGGGGUGUUGCCGUGCUCGUCGGCGUGCCGAACAAGGACGACGCAUUCAAGACCCAUCCGAUGAAUAUCUUGAACGAGAGGACAUUAAAGGGCACCUUCUUCGGCAACUACAAGCCGCGGACCGACAUUCCUGGAGUCGUGGAGAAGUACAUGAACAAGGAACUGGAGCUGGAGAAGUUCAUCACCCACUCGGUUCCGUUCUCCGAGAUCAACAAGGCGUUCGAGUACAUGCUGCAGGGGGAGAGCCUGAGGUGCAUCAUCCGCAUGGAGGGUUAGGAGGAAAAAUGAGAACCGGGCGGCGUCCGCCGACCGUGGCAAGGUCAGCUCGGUCGACCUUGCGCGUUCUCCAUUUUAGACGUGACGUUCUUUAAUAGGAAGAGGGUGUAUUUUGCUCAUGCGGUCUCACGGAGUAAUUUUGAGUCAUCUUUGGUUGGCCCAGGUCUAGCAAUAAGAUAUGUAUGAAAAAUCACGUUUCCUUGAAUACCCAAUGAGAAAUAUUUACCUAAAUAUAUCAAGUAGGAUAUAA